AUGCAUCCGCUGGGGCUCUGCAACAGCAACGACGAAGAGGACUUGUACGAGUACGGCUGGGUCGGAGUCGUGAAACUAGAGCAGCCAGAGCUGGAGCCCAAGCCCUGUCUCACCGUCCUGGGCAAGGCCAAGCGGGCAGUGCAGAGAGGGGCCACAGCUGUCAUAUUUGACGUGUCUGAAAAUCCAGAUGCCAUCGAUCAGUUGAACCAAGGCUUGGAAGACCCUCUGAAGAGACCUGUCGUAUACGUGAAGGGGCCUGAUGCUAUCAAACUGAUGAAUAUUGUUAACAAACAGAAGGUUGCCCGGGCCAGGAUUCAGCACCGGCCUCCCCCGCAACCUACAGAAUACUUCGAUAUGGGGAUUUUCUUGGCCUUUUUUGUGGUGGUGUCCCUGGUCUGCCUUGUUCUUCUUGUCAAGAUCAAACUGAAGCAGCGCCGCAGCCAGAGUUCCAUGAACAGGCUGGCUGUGCAGGCGCUGGAAAAGAUGGAGACACGGAAGUUCAAAUCCAAGCUGAAAGGGCACUCCGAAGAGAGCUGCAGUGCUCUGGAUACACUCAGCAGCAGCUCCACCUCUGACUGUGCCAUUUGCCUGGAGAAAUAUGUCGAUGGGGAGGAGCUGAGAGUGAUUCCUUGUGCUCACCGGUUCCACAGGAAGUGCGUGGACCCGUGGCUUUUGCAGCAUCACACAUGCCCACAUUGCCGUCACAACAUCAUAGAGCAAAAGAAAGGAUCCCCAGGACAGAUGUGUGAGGAAUUUGCCAACCAGAUCCGUAGCCGGCAGCAGCAGCAGCGGCCUAUGAUCCUUCCGGUUCAUUAUCCCGGCCGAGUCCACAGAGCCGGCCAGGUCACUGCGUACCCAACCCGGACGAGUAUGGACCACCACGGGAACCCCAUCACAGUCCUGACGGUGGACCGGCAUGGGGAGGCCCCCGCCUUCCUCCAGAGCUACCAGCCUAUCCACUUGGACCACACUCUGAGCGCCCAUCCCUGUGGCGUGGAGCACAGGGCCUACCCCGCAGCACACCCCUUCCGGAGGCCCAAGUUCAGUGGCCAUAACUUCCCCAAGCCCGCUUGCUUCUCGCAGUACGGAACCAUGUUUCAGCACUACUAUUUCCAGGGCCUGAGCUACCCAGAGCAGAACGGGCAGCUUCCCCUGGGCGUGGCCGCCAAAGGCCCGGCUCGCGCCUUCCAGCCUGUGGGCAGCAGGCUUUUCCCUCCAGUGGUCCACGUAGCCCCCUCGUCCCACCUGGAGAGCAGCAGCGCUUCCAGCUUCAGCUGCUACCAUGGCCACCGUUCCGUGUGCAGUGGCUACCUGGCUGACUGUCCGGGCAGUGACAGCAGCAGCAGCAGCUCUGCCCAGUGCCGCUGCUCCUCCAGUGACUCCAUGGUAGACUGCACGGAAGUGAGCAACCAGGGCGUCUAUGGGAGCUGCUCCACCUUUCGCAGCUCUCUGAGCAGUGACUACGACCCAUACAUCUAUCGCAGCAAAAGCCCCUGCCGAGGAAGUGAAGGGGGUGGGGUGAGCAGAGGGACUGUGGUUCUUGUCGAAGGCCUCCAUUCAUCCCGCCUGGCUGGGGGCGAGUGCUUCCCUGUGUCGGCCAUCUCUGCAGGGGACCAGCUUUCGGACUGCAGCCUGGAGAUGAAUUACAGCAGCAGCUCCUCCUCCUCCCUGGAGCAGCACAGGGAGCCACCCGGCACCGUCUCAGAGGGAGCCCUCGGAGCCCUCUCUGGGGCAGCUGGGGAGGCGGGGCAGACCUGCAGAGGGGCUCCGGAGCAAGCCUGUGCCUGCCACCAGGAGUCCACAGGCACGGUGGCGGAAUGCAGCACGCUUCUCCUGGGGCCAUCGUUUUGGACAGGAUGUGGCCCUGGGCAAGAGCCUGCGGCAGGGAGAGGCCAUGGCUUGUACAGUAUUCGGACGGAAGGGGGGGAAUGCGAGGCCUUGCCUUGUUGCUUCUAUGAAGAGAAGCAGGUGACCAGCAGCAACAGCCCUAGCCCAGCCGCCCGCCACGCAGAGGACUAUUCCGUGAACGUGCAGUAUGUGUGUGCUGAGGAGGACCCCUUGCCGAGCUGCUACACAGGGGGGUGCGGCCUGGGCCAGCGGAUCACCAUCAUUCCUGAAGACAGAGAUGGUGAGCCGGCUGUGCCCGUGGAGUGCCAAGGAGGCAGCAGCCCUUGGGAGGGGCCAUGUGAGGCGGACACUGACGGGCUUCGGCCAGCUCCUGGGGAGGUGCACAGCAAGCAGGAAGAGGAGUUGUGCUACCAGCCAAUGGGCUUUCUGCAGAAGGAGGCCCGGGGACUCUUUGCAAGCCCUGCCCUGAGUUGUUCUGAGGCCACAGUGUUGGCAGUAGGCACCCAGGUAUCAGACUGCUCUUCCAUCGGGAGAUUUCCAGCUGGGGACUAGCCUGCGGAGGAACCACCAGUUUGGAGGACUCUCCACCCCUGCUGGACUUCUAAACUGUUCUUAGCUCUGGCUAACUCAUGGCAGUUGUCACUGGAGAAGGCUGUGUGCUAUCUCCGCAGCGGAAGUCGGGGUAUUCGGCGUGAGCUUGCCCUGGGCAGACUUGGUGCCACAUGGCAGCUCGAUGCAAAGUGUUCUUUAGAGACAGACCACUGCUCCACCCAUGGCUGCAGGACAGAACC